UUGAAUGGAAUUCGGUGUUGAUUGUAAUUUCUGUACGGGUUACUCUAAUUUUGUUUUAGUAUAGUUUAUGAUUAUAAGAUUUUAAAUUCUGGGUAAGUGUUGUCUUUUUGGUAUCGUUUGUGUUUUAUUUUUUAAAAGUAUGAAGAAAAAGGAAAAAGAAAUUGAAUUUAGUGUCUGGGUGUUUUUGAGGAUUGAUAAAACAUGGGUUGAUUGAUGUUUUCAGUAGCUCUAAAUCUGUUUGCUGAUUGACCAACUCUGUCACGAAAAACUGGUUUUCAUGAGUUCAUCUGAGUUUGGUGUGGAAUGUCCCUGUUUGUAGUAUCAAUCUUAUUUUACCCAGAAUGACAUAUAUAUUCUACGUUUGGAUACUUGUUUUUAAUGAAUUUAAUUAGAUCUGAUUAUAUCUCUGUUAAUUACCUUCAUUUCCCUGAUACAUGGAGUUCUUGAAGAUUACUGAUUUCAUCUUUUAAAAUGAAGGAUUAAGCAUAUUAGAGUUUGGCAAAUAUGAAGUUCAGAAAAGGGAACUCGGUGGAGGUGUUACGAAGAGAACAUGAUUCAUGUGGCUCCUGGUUUACUGCUAAUAUACUUUCAGCAGAUGGUGACAACUAUACUGUUAGGUACAAACUGGUUACGGACCAUGAAGGAAAACAAGUGGUGGAGAAGGUGCAAGGGAAGGAUGUUAGACCCCUGCCUCCAAGUGUAAACGGGAAGAGUUGGGCAAUUGGUGAUAUAGCUGAGGUGUUUGAUAUCCAGUGUUGGAGGGUAGGAAAGGUCGCAAAGGUGCUAAAGAACAAUAAUCGAUUUGUCAUUAAGUUCUUUGGAUCGAUCCAACUUAAGGAAUUUUAUGCAUCAAGCCUAAGGAUUAGGCAGGCUUGGCAUGACAACAAGUGGAUGGUGAUCGGGAUGGUUGCUCAAGGUAGAGACUUGGCCAACAAGUGUACACCAAAAAUUCCAUGCCGUGCUGGUGGCUUGCUUUUCAGGACUUCACUACAUUUGAGCAAAACUUUGCAAUCUAGACAGAAAGAUAUAGAGGGACAACAAAAGGGUAGGUCUGAUAAUGUCACCAUGUGCCUGUCCAUGAGAGCCACAAGUAAAGACUACGCCCAUCAAUCUGAAGAAUGCAAUAUGGACCCGCUCUUUGGAGGAACCCUCAAGAAAAGGAAAUCACCUCCGUGUUAUAGGGGCUGUGAUGAAACUCUUAAGAGAACACUCCCUUUAUUUAACCAGGUAGAUGAUAUUUCUUGCCCACAUGUAGGGGUUGAUGAAAAAUUCAUCAAGCGAUCAACUAACAGGAAUAACAGAAUGGAGGACACAACUCCUCACUCUUUAUAUGAUUCUUCUAGGCCUGUUCGGUCUACCGAAGAUAGUGACCAAUGCUCUGUUGCUAGCUGUAGUUUUAACGGUGUUGCUGACUAUGCUGGCCAAAUUUCUCAUAAAUCAUUGAAAAACACACCUAGUAAUUCUGAUGCUGAGUCAUCAUUCCCUUCAUUUUGUGGCAAAAGAGACUUGCUCCUGUCCCCCGUUGACAAAGUAGUCGAUAUCCAUGAACUAGAGCUUCAUGCUUACAAGUCAACAGUGGAGGCAUUGUAUGCUUCAGGUCCUUUAACUUGGGAGCAGGAGUCCCUGUUAACAAAUCUCCGCCUCUCCCUUAACAUUUCAGACGAGGAACACCUACUCCAGCUGAGACACCUUUUGUCUGCUCAAGUUCUAUGAUCUUGUUCGUGUCUCUGUGCCUUGCCGCUCAACCAAUGACAGUUUUGAGAUCUGUGAGCUAUUGCAGCUAAAUCUCUUGCAGGCGGCAGCUUAGCCUUCCGAGUGUAUAUAACAUGUAAAUUAUUUCGAGGAAUCAAGUUUUACUUGUUGAACCUUAGAACCAAUAACAGGAAUUCAUUGACUGAAUAAAUUUUUGAAUUUCAUUUUGUUUUUGUAAUAUCAAUCAUAUGUAGAAACAACUCUCGCAUUGUGAGUUUUUGAUAAUUCACUCCCAGCUCACUGAUGCCCGAAUUCUCUGAUGCAUAUAAAAGUAAU